AUGAUCGUCAAUGAGGAUGAUGAACACAAUAUCUCCAAGAAGGCGAGGGAAAGAAAAUGUUACAUCCUUCACAAGGAGUUCUGGGCGCGGGUGUCUACAUCCAGCACGUUCAGUCAGCUGGCGAAAUUGCAAGUCCAACCCCCCGUACCACGACAGAGACUCCCGAUGCAGCUUGGACCUUCUCCAGACAAUGUACAAUUUGUCCAGCAUCUUGCCCAACAACAAGCAAUGCUGGCUGCUCUUCAACUGAAGCAGGGGUCAAUCCGCCAAAGACUUGGAGUUCGUGGAAGGCUUGGCAUCCCAUACAGGAACAGAUUGAGGUUUGAAAGAGGUGGUGGUCGUUACCUGUCCAAUACACGAUCAAUGCGUCGAGGCUUUGGUGUGCGGCGGGCAUCCAGUUAUCGCAGCUUCAACACGUCCUUCACCUCACCUUUGAAUAGGAGACCUGCCAUGAGCAGGGGGUGGUUCAGGGGUUUUCGACGAGGGCGAGGUGGAAGGACAACUCAAUCGUGGGGCACACAAAGGCAAAGCAAUGUGAACAAAGAUGACUUGGACCGGGAACUUGAUGAUUACAUGUCAAAGAAGGAGUCUGAACUUGGAAUCUGAAAACCACAGCAGUGUUCUAUGUGAUGGAUUUGAGUGUGUGUCAAGUGCAAAUCUGAAUUGAAUUUGACUCAUGGGAUGGGGAAUUGCAAUCUCCUUCAGUGGUCCACCUGCAUAUAACCAUGAAUAAAAUAAAGCAUUCUGGUUUGGAGGGAAGUAUUAUCCAAAUACAAAGACAAGGCACAAAAGGUGUAAAUAAAGGAGCUAUUUCUUUUAUUUGCCUCUACAAACUUGUUUACACAUGGGAC